AUGAAACUCACUAGCGCAUACCAAGCUCUUUUCCUCGCGACGUCUUCCCUUUCGGCUCUCACCACCGCCACAUCCACAACCCCCGCCGACCCAGCAUCGACAUGCUACACCUCUCCACUCCCUACCCUCUGUCCCUCGCUCUCUAAUACCACGCGCUCUAUCCCCUGGGGCACCCCUUCAUUCCUCCUUCCAAACGGCACACUCUGCUGCGAUUCUCUUACCCAAAUACGCGCCGGUAUUGAUGACAUAGACACGCAGCUCCUCAGCCUUCUAGCUCAAAGAGCGGCAUAUGUAAGAGAAGCGACGAGAUUCAAAGCGACAUUGGAUACGGUGGAUGUGCCGAGUAGAGAUCAAGAAGUUAUUGAAGGUGCCGUUGCCAAGGCUAAUGAGACGGUACCGAGGUUGCCGGAGGUGAUUGCGAGAAGUGUUUUUGAGGCGAUUAUUAAUGGGAGUGUGCCGUUUGAGGAAUGUGUUUGGGGGAGUUUUGAAGGGCUGGUGUAG